GUAUACGUCAUUAACGUCAGAUUAACGUCAAAUCUUCAUUAAAAACAGUCAAAAAAGUUAGAGCAAAAUAAUACAAAAUAAAAGGUUUCCUAAAAUAGAAAACAUAAAAAUCCAAUACCUUUAGUCAUGUUUUCAAAACUUGGUUGUUUAAUAAUAUAAUCUUCAAAUGCGUUCAUCGGUAAGCUAUAUUUUGUCAAGUAGCACAAGUGAGCCAAACAUGUCUCACCCGGACUAUGACCAGUACUCUCAUGAUCAUGCCGCUCUUCUAGUGCUUGUAAAACAUAUAGGAACACAACUAAAGCCUAAACUAUUUUCUAAAUUCUUCGACAGAAUUAAUAAACUAGUCAAUGUAAGAAUUACCGAUUCUACUGGUGCAGUCAGAAACAUUUUGAUACGGUAUGUAAAGGAUCAUCCAGUAGAAAACAAUGAUUGGGGAGAUUUUCAAACACACAGACGUUUACUUGGAUUGAUAUCACUGGGAAAAUAUGAUUGUCAACAGGAAUUAAAUGAAAUUUGUAGAGUACAUGAGAGUUUUAAAGUUAAGUACAAUACCACUCUUUUUGAUUCAAGAUGUAUCUUAUUUGGUCCAACAAAAAAUUCAGAAUCUCCGACAGAUGAAAAUCCUGUAUCAAGUAGCUCUGGGGAUAGUGAACAUUCAGAAACUACAAUAGAAAAGUUCACAACACCUAGUAAUUUUAAAACUAGAGCUUUGUUUUAUGAAAUUACUUCUCCAUGUUCGGACUUGGAAAGUCAGCUAAAUGAAUUUGUUAAUUCACUUUUUUGGGUCUUGGAUUCAAAAAGAGUUGAGAGAUCUAGAGAAAAAUUGGAAAGAGUAUCCUUAUUGUUAGCACCAUUUGAGAAAAAAGAUUUUGUUGGGCUAGAUAUGGAGUCAAGGAAUAACAAAAAAAGAUGUACAGGACGUAUGACGAAACACUUAGGAGACCUCUGUUUACAAACUGGAAUGUUAACAGAAAGUUUAAACUAUUAUGCUCAAGCGGCAGAGAUCCUAAAAUCAGUUAAUGAUUGGCUGUGGCUUGGGGCAGCCUAUGAAGGUUUGUGUGCUUCAUCAGCUUUGGUUCUUUACCCUGACAUGCAAAGAAAUGUUCCUCUACAUAGAAAUGCUAGUUUACAAGAAGGCUCUCCUAGAAAAUCAAGUCAGACUCCACCAGCCAUAGGUUUAGGAAUUAAGAAAAGUAUUUCUAAUGCUUUAGUUCCUGAAGAUAUAUCAAAAAAAUAUAGGGAGGCAAUUAUACAUUACAGCAAGUAUCAAAAUGCUGGUAUAAUCGAAACUGAAGCUAGUUUUAAAGCAGCUAGGAUUACUGUAGAACAAAAUCAUGCUUUGCAAGCUGCAAGCUUUUUACAAAAUGUUGUUUAUAUAAAUUUACAAUUAUCAGAACAGGAAAAGAUUCAAAGAUUUGAAACAUUGGCCGAGUUAUAUUCCCAGAUUGGUUUUUGUAGAAAAGCUGCUUUUUGCUUGAGAUUAGCUGCAACAAGAUAUGUAUCUCCUCAAAAUCAGGCUCCAAAUUGGGGUCGUUGCUAUGCUCUCAUGCUUCAAAGUUUACCUGGACAUCAUCUUAAUCUGGAUCCAGUCGAAAUGAGAGCUGCAGAUCAAGGAUGGCCAGCAUUACAAAUUCAGCUCAUGCAGGAAUUAGUUGUUGCUGCAAGAAGAACAGGACAUUCAGCAUUAGCAACUAGACAUAUGACAUUUCUUUUACAGACUAUGUGGCCACAUUUAAGUUCCACAGAACAAAAGGAACUAGCGGUUCAAUUGCAGAGUCUUUCUGCUCAAUGUGAAGGAUCCCCUGUUCCAUUAGUUUUGGAUAGUGGAUUGGUAGUGCCGCCUGCAAAUCUUACAGAUAUUCCAAUCUGUGCUGCCUUCGUUCCAAAAGAUUUGCAACCUCAUUUGAGGCCCAGGCGAAUAGAAUGUGAUAAGCUAGAUACUGGGCCAUUCCUUUUUACACCAAUUCAUUUUGGUGGUGGAAGUUUGGACAGAAGAUCAAGAAAGAGCAGUUCAAAAUUAGAUUUCCUUUGGGUACAAAAUGAAGUAUGUGAGGUGCAACUUAAGUUAGUGAAUCCAUUGCCUUUUGAACUGAAGGUAUCCAAUAUGAGACUUUUAACAGGUGGUGCAGUAUUCGAAUCAGUACCCGAAACAAUAGUUCUACCUCCUGAUAUUGCUACUUCGUUAACUUUAAAUGGAUGGGCAAGAGAAAGUGGCGAACUUGAAUUGUCAGGCUAUAGUACUCAUACAUUAGGAGUUAAAUCGAAUUGUCGUUUACGACAUAUGCCUGUUUCUUCUAAUUAUCCGCCAUAUUAUAAAGUGCAAGUUGUACCAGCUUUACCAUUAUUAGAAGUGUCAACUUCUUUUCCUCCAAGUGUUUCAUUCUCAAAUUUCCACGAUGAAAACACAGUGACUUCUGCUAGUGUAAGUUUGUAUCAUGGAGAAAGCACAGAAUGUAUAAUAACAUUAAAAAAUGCAAGUGAAGUUCCUGUGGAAAUGUUAGAAAUAGAAAUAAAUAGUAUUUUAGAGCCAUCGUUACAAGAACAAAUAUUCCGGUGUGAUAAUACCGAAAUUAACAAAUUUUUACCAAUUCCGCCUGGAGAAAGUGUUAAUGUGACUUUAUAUUUUCAUUCAGUGGCAAACUUUUUAGCACCGAACGCAUCUGUUUCACCUACCAUUCCCCAAGAUAUGAGCAGUGGAAUGUUUAGCAGUAUGAAUACUUCUAUACCAGGUGGAUCUAUUCCUUCGAGAUUUAAUUCGAGUUUUCGAUCAUCAAAUUCCGGUCAAUCGAGCAUCGCAGGUGGACUUACUACACUGUUUCAACAGCAACCCUCCACUUCUGUCAUUGAAGGUCAAUUAAAAUUAAAAUAUAGCGGCGCUGAAGGAUUAUCAUCUGAAUAUUGCAGGACCUGUUCUGUAUUCUUAAUGUUGGAAAUGUUACCUUCUCUGCAGGUCACUAAUUGGGAUGUUCUACCAGCCGAAAUUCAUUCUCAGUUCUACCUCGUACUAGACAUAGCAAAUUUGACAACACAAGAAAUGGAACUUCAGUAUACUCCGAUGAAAACUAUGCUCAUAGAAGGAAACGAAAGUUGUAGAGUACCCAUUCCAGUGGACAGAUGUCCUCUAUCAAAACUUACAGGUCUAUAUCAAGAAUUAAAUGAAGAUAGCCUAGACUCUAGAAACGAGAUAGACGUUAAUAAAAUAUGUUCCGAACAUAUUACAGACCUUGUAGAUUUAAGGUGGCAUUUACUUGGAACUGAUAACAGGGGCAUUGCUUUGUUAAAAGGAAUUAAUUUGACACUAAGGAUGUUAGAUAUUGUAAGGAUGUCACCUCUAAAUUGGGAAGUAAAAAUAAAUGGAGACAUCAUUAAGGCACAGGAAGAAAUAACAUGUGAAGCUGGAGAUUGUCUAAAUUUAAAAAUGUCCGUUAUUAACAGCCUGCAAAAAACUUUACAGCAACUUACCCUUAAUAUUCAAUUUUAUCAAGAUUAUGAAAAUGGUACGUUGAACUAUAGAAUGGAUACACGACUAGCUACAACCGGUUGUACUAAAAAAUCGGUUUCUUCACUGGAACCCCAGGCUAAAGCCGACCACGAGUGCAACGUCAUAUUUUUUACUCCUGGUUAUUACAAGAUGGAUAUUCAGUGUUGUGCUCCAGAAAGCCUUACAGUAACAAGGGUUAAUACUUUACUUUCAACAGGACAUAUUUGGAGGUUUACACCAACUGUCUCAUUCCAAGUAAACUGAUUCCAUUCCAUGAAGGCACUUAUUGACUGAACAAAUCUUUAGACUGCAUAGCAAUAUAAUAAUUAUUAUGAAGGCAUAGAUGUGUUUUAUAUUUUAUUUUACAAUUAAUAUUGCUAUUUGUUCAUACACAAUUAUUGACAAAAAUUAUAAAAUGUACUCAUAAGAAUUUAAUGUCAAUCCAAAUCAUGUAUUAUAUUUUCCAUUUUAAGUUAAAAAAAAAUGUAACUUAAGACUAUUCAUAGAAGAAAAAACUGCUUUUUCUAGUCACAAGAGUUAUUCAUUUCAGUGCCAGUUAUUUAUGAUUUCUUUCUGAUCUCAUAAAAUUGACUGAGGUGUGGAGCAUGAAAGAAUGAGGGAAACAAUUGUUCAGUGGCGUGCAAUAUAUUUUUUUUUGUAGAAUUAACUGAAUUAAUAUUUUAUUUUUCAAAAUUUAAAAAAAUAUAUUUAUUUACAUAUCACCCAGAGUUAUUACUGAGGCUCCUUACAAUUUUUUAAGUGAUGACUACCAGCAGAGCAGUACCAUUAAUUUUCUUCUUCGGUUGACUUUUGUUACAGAUUAUAUAUUUAUUAAACAAAAUCUUAAAGUUUUGUGUUUCAAGUCAUCUAUAUUGGAUA